GACUGUCGGCCAGCUCCAGCUGCGUGCCGUGCGAACGGGAGACAUAACGGGAGUGGAGCAGCUGUUGCUUGCUGAUUGGGAAAUUAAACACACAAAAACACGAAAUUUGUGAGUUUCGUGUGGAGUUUGGCCAAGUGAAAAGAGAGUAGCUCUUGCGGCGCCACAACAAAUCACACGCAGUUGCGACACGAUACACUUGACUCCACCGCCGCACUCCAACAAAGUUUUUGUGACACAAUCGGGGAACUCACAGCAGUGCGACAGAGACGGGGCGAGCGGGCUAGCGAGGGGCAACUCAAGAGUUCAAAAUUUUCAGUUAAAUUCCGUCGUUCGAAAGACACACAAAAAGUGAUGCAAAUGCAGAAUGCCGCAAAUGCAGAGUGACGAAGAAGCGAUGCAAGUGUCCACGGUGCGCCUGCCCAUUGUGGGCAUGACCUGCCAGUCGUGCGUGCGCAACAUUCAGGAGCACAUUGGCCAAAAGUCCGGCAUCCUGGACAUACGCGUCAUCCUGGAGGAGCAGGCGGGCUACAUCGACUACGACCCACGCCAGACGGACCCCGUCCGGAUAGCCAGCGAUAUCGACGACAUGGGCUUCGAGUGCAGUUAUCCAGAACCAAUCCCCGCCAGCGGCGCCUGGACGAACAUCCGGGUGGUGGGCAUGACCUGCCAGUCGUGCGUGCGCAACAUCGAGGGCAACAUCGGCACCAAGCCGGGCAUCCAUUCGAUAGAGGUGCAGCUGGCGGCGAAGAAUGCCCGCGUCCAAUACGAUCCCGCCCAGUAUGAUCCCGCCCAGAUAGCCGAGCUCAUCGACGACAUGGGCUUCGAGGCGUCCGUGCAGGACGGCCAGCCAAGUCGAUCGCCCACACCCGCCUCGUCGCCCAAAAAGAGGAGCACAUCUCCCCCACAUCCGGCUCAGAAUGGUUCGACCGUGGCCAUUCCCGUGGAGCAGGAGUUCCUGACCAAGUGCUUCCUGCACAUUCGAGGCAUGACCUGCGCCAGCUGUGUGGCCGCCAUCGAGAAGCACUGCAAGAAGAUCUACGGCCUGGACAGCAUUCUGGUGGCCCUGCUCGCGGCCAAGGCGGAGGUCAAAUUCAAUGCAAAUGUCGUUACGGCGGAGAAUAUUGCGAAAUCCAUCACGGAGCUGGGCUUCCCCACCGAACUCAUCGAUGAGCCGGACAACGGCGAGGCCGAGGUGGAGCUGGAGAUCAUGGGCAUGACCUGCGCCUCCUGUGUCAACAAGAUCGAGAGUCAUGUGCUUAAAAUAAAGGGCGUGACCACCGCCUCCGUUACACUGCUAACCAAAAGAGGUAAAUUCCGCUACAGCACUGAGGACACGGGGCCGCGGAGCAUCUGCGAGGCAAUCGAGGGACUGGGCUUCGAGGCCAAGCUGAUGACGGGACGGGACAAGAUGGCCCACAGCUAUCUGGAGCACAAGGAGGAGAUCCGGAAGUGGCGCAACGCCUUCCUCGUCUCGCUGAUCUUCGGCGGACCCUGCAUGGUGGCCAUGAUCUACUUCAUGCUGGAGAUGAACGACAAGGGGCAUGCGAACAUGUGCUGCAUUGUGCCCGGCCUGUCGAUGGAGAAUCUGGUGAUGUUCCUGCUCUCCACACCCGUGCAAUUCUUCGGUGGCUUCCACUUCUACGUGCAGUCGUAUCGGGCGAUCAAGCACGGCACCACAAACAUGGACGUACUGAUCUCGAUGGUCACGACCAUAUCGUAUGUGUACUCCGUGGCGGUGGUGAUCGCAUCCGUACUGCUCGAGCAGAACAGCUCGCCACUGACCUUCUUCGACACGCCGCCCAUGCUGCUGAUCUUCAUUUCGCUUGGCCGCUGGCUGGAGCACAUUGCCAAGGGCAAAACCUCGGAGGCACUGUCCAAAUUGCUGUCCCUCAAGGCGGCCGAUGCCCUGCUGGUGGAGAUCUCGCCGGACUUCGAUAUCAUCAGCGAGAAGGUGAUAUCCGUGGACUAUGUGCAGCGUGGCGACAUCCUGAAGGUGAUACCGGGCGCCAAGGUUCCCGUGGACGGCAAGGUUCUCUACGGCCAUUCCAGUUGCGAUGAAUCGCUGAUCACCGGCGAAUCCAUGCCGGUGGCAAAGCGAAUGGGUUCCGUGGUCAUCGGCGGAUCCAUCAACCAGAACGGAGUGCUCCUGGUGGAGGCCACGCACACGGGUGAGAACACAACGCUGGCGCAGAUUGUGCGCUUGGUGGAGGAGGCGCAGACCAGUAAGGCGCCCAUACAGCAGCUGGCCGAUCGGAUCGCCGGCUACUUUGUGCCCUUCGUCGUGGUGGUGUCCAGCAUUACGCUGAUUGCCUGGAUCAUCAUUGGCUUUGCCAAUCCCAAUCUGGUGCCCGUGGCCAUGGAGCAUAAGAUGCACAUGGACCAGAACACUAUUAUCGUCAGUUAUGCCUUCAAGUGCGCCCUCAGUGUGCUGGCCAUUGCGUGUCCCUGUGCCCUCGGCCUGGCCACGCCCACCGCCGUCAUGGUGGCCACCGGAACGGGAGCCAUCAAUGGCGUCCUGGUGAAGGGUGCCACCGCCCUGGAGAAUGCCCAUAAGGUGAAGACUGUGGUCUUUGACAAGACGGGCACCAUCACCCACGGCACUCCGAUGACCAGCAAGGUCACCCUCUUCGUCCCAGCCCAAGUCUGCAGCCUGGCUCGAGCAUUGACGAUUGUGGGAGCCGCCGAACAGAACAGCGAGCAUCCGAUCGCCUCCGCCAUUGUGCACUUCGCCAAGGAAAUGCUGAAUGUGGGCGCCACUCCGCAGGCGGGUAGCUUUGGCAAGAGCAGCCAUUUCCAGGCCGUGCCUGGAUGUGGCAUCCGCGUGACCGUCUCCAAUUACGAGCAAACCCUGCGACAGGCCUGCAACGCCGAACGGAUCAUCAACUACGAAAACCUGCAUCGCGACCAUCCGCAGGGAUCGGUGUCCCUGGACAAUGGAGCCAGCAUCGAGCACUUGCUGCCGCAGCACAGCGUUCGCAAAUCCAUGGAGUUGAACCACCAGCAGUUGCUCUCCGACUUGGUCUUGGAACAGGAAGAGGAGCAGCAGCAGCAGCAGUUUGCUGCCACCGACCAGAAACUGAUCGAUGGCCCGGAGAUACUGGUGCUCAUCGGUAACCGGGAGUGGAUGCAGCGCAACGCCAUCGAGGUGCCGCUCGAGAUCAGCGAUUGCAUGACACACGAGGAGCGAAAGGGACACACCGCGGUGCUUUGCGCCCUCAACGGGCAGCUGGUGUGCAUGUUCGCCGUGUCCGACAUGGUCAAACCAGAGGCCCAUCUCGCCGUCUACACUCUCAAGCGGAUGGGCAUCGAUGUGGUGCUGCUCACGGGCGAUAACAAGAACACGGCUGCCAGCAUAGCUCGAGAGGUCGGCAUCCGAACGGUGUACGCGGAGGUGCUGCCGUCGCACAAGGUGGCCAAGAUCCAGCGGAUUCAGGCCAACGGCAUCCGCGUGGCCAUGGUGGGCGACGGGGUGAACGACAGUCCGGCGCUGGCGCAGGCGGAUGUGGGCAUAACGAUCGCCGCUGGCACGGAUGUGGCCGCCGAGGCCUCCGACAUUGUGCUGAUGCGCAACGAUCUGCUGGACGUGGUGGCCUGCCUGGACCUGUCCCGCUGCACGGUGCGCCGCAUCCGGUACAACUUCUUCUUCGCCAGCAUGUACAAUCUGUUGGGCAUUCCGCUGGCCAGCGGCCUGUUCGCUCCCUACGGCUUCACCCUGCUGCCGUGGAUGGCAUCGGUGGCCAUGGCCGCCAGUUCGGUGAGCGUGGUGUGCUCCUCGCUGCUGCUGAAGAUGUAUCGCAAGCCGACGGCAAAGACGCUGCGUACGGCGGAGUAUGAGGCGCAAUUGGCGGCGGAACGGGCCGGUGGCUCGGACUACGAGCUGGACAAGCUAUCGCUGCACCGUGGCCUGGACGACCUGCCCGAAAAGGGCAGGAUAGCCUUCAAGCGGUCCAGCAAUUCCCUGAUUUCGCGCAUUUUCAUGCACGGCAACGGGGGCGUCACCUCGCCGGAUGGCAAGCACGAGGAGGGACUGCUGGAUCCCGAGGAGCAGUACGGCGGUCGCACCAAGAUCGUGAGGAGUCGCUACCAUGGCAGUGACAGCACCGAGCUGCAGAAGCUGUGAGCAGCUCAACGAUGGCCACCAAUCAACAGGCGGAACCCCAAUCCAACCGAGGACCUCAACCAAACGACAAAUUUUCAGUGAAAUUGUUAGCGGACUUUAAAGAGAGAGCGAAUUAUAAAAACUAUGUACAUAUUUGCAGAUUAAUUGUUUUGACAAUGAAUAAGUAGUUCAAGGUAUAUCUUUGAUAUAUUCAAUUGGAUCUGAUACACAAGCUAAAGACAAGGGGAAAGUAUUCUCAGUAUGUAAAUAUAGCUGAAACAGGAAAUAUUUUAUUUAUAUUUUAAAUAUACUUUUUGAACAACUGAGAUGUCCGCUUUUUGUCACAUUUUCUUUCCUUUUCUUAAUUUGAGUUAAACAAACUUGAUUUAAUGAAUAUAUCAAAGAUUGCUUAAUGCGACUACUAAUUCUAGAACUUUUGUUCAAUGGCAAGUUUUCUAUUUUUCAAAAGAACCGAAACCGCACCGUCCUCCUUUUCUACACAGCCUAUUUGUUAUUUUCCCAUCUUUUUUUUAUACAACCAUUUUCUAUUCCCGCUUUAUUAUGCUCAUCAUAAAUACCCUUAUUAUUAUUAUUAUUAAUAUUAUUAUUAUUGUAUACAAACGAUUUUUUUUUUUGCGUUAUGAUCGUAAGUUAAAUAUUAUUAUUAAGUUCAACUGAACAAAGGCAAACGAGUCGCAGGCCAGGAGACAAAGCAAGACAUCAACCAUCAUUGAACUAUUGUUACUUAUUGUUAAUACGCAUUAUCAUACAUAUAUUCACACACGCAAAAGUAAAAUAAAUCAAAACCCAAAAGACGAAAAUCGAACAAUCGAACAACUGAACAACCGACCCCAUAUCGGCUUUAAAUCCUUGUUUGUGCAAUCCCAAGGGGAACAACUAAUUGGGCACAAGUGUUGAACAAAGGAAACAAAAAUUAAAGAAAACGAUAAACAUUCUUUAUAUGUAACAUUAGUGUUUAUACACAAAACGCAUUGUUAUUGUACAUAUGAAUAAAACGAGAAAAACGGAGAGAGCAGAAUCCCCAUACUGGCAAA